CUCGCCUAUAAAAAUGGAGCCACCAAUCGCCCUUGCUUGCACCUCAUCGACCGAGCCAACCCCUGCCAGAGCAAACAUCACCGACCCCGCCCCAACACGUCCCAGGAGCGAGAGCGUAGGCAGAGGAACCGAAGAUGAGCGUGGAGAUCCUUGACGGGAGCACGGUCCGGAGCUUCGUGGAGGACGAGGGCGCCUUCAACUCCUCCGUGGACGGCCGCUUCGCCGCGCUGGACGCCGACCACGACGGCCUGCUCACGUACGCGGAGAUGGCCGGCGAGCUCAUGAGCCUCCGGGUCCUCGAGAAGCACUUCGGCGUGGACGACGCGGAGGUGCGGGCCGACGAGCUCGCCGCGCUCUACCGCGGCCUGUUCGCGCGGUUCGACAGGGAUGGCAGCGGCGAGGUGGACCGGGACGAGUUCCGGGCGGAGAUGAGGGAGGUGAUGCUCGCCGUGGCCAACGGGCUCGGCUUCCUCCCCGUGCAGAUGGUCGUCGAGGAUGGCAGCUUCCUCAAGGUGGCCGUCGACAGGGAGCUCGGCCAGCUCGCCAAAGCUGCAUAAACCUCUACUAAUUGCCUUGCCGACCACGCAUCAUGGCUUAAUUACCUCGGCAGCGGAUUUUUCGCAUUUGUUGUUUUUCCCUAGUCGUAACUUCAGAUAUUGUAUUGAUGAACUACAUCGUUGCUAAUUAUGGGCGUAAUAGUUUUUUUUAUUCUGAGGAUGUAACAGUUGAUAGUGAGAUAUGCAUUGGGUGCUACAUUUUUUAAUAAGAAUAAUUUUUUAAACAGA